AUUGCAGUGAUUCGAGGGCGCACUGUAGUUGCAGUAUCACUUUUUUCCUGAGCGUCGAGCUGACAUUUCAAUAGUCAUUCUCCCAACAGCAGCAGCCAUUUUGGAAAGAUUCAAACAAGAUAUCAUCAUGUCUAAAGGUACAGUGGUCCUGGCCUACAGCGGUGGACUGGACACAUCCUGUAUUCUAGUUUGGCUCAAGGAGCAGGGCUAUGAUGUCGUAGCUUACAUGGCCAAUAUUGGACAGGAUGAGGAGUUUGAAGCGGCUCGAAAAAAGGCAGAAAGCCUCGGUGCUAAAAAGGUUUUUGUCGAGGACCUUCGCAGAGAGUUUGUGGAAGACUUCAUCUUGCCCGCUGUUCAGGCCAACGCCAUCUACGAGGACCGAUACUUGCUCGGCACGGCGCUCGCUCGGCCCUGCAUCGCCCGGCGCCAGAUUGAGAUUGCACGGCGGGAGGGAGCCCAUUAUGUGUCCCAUGGUGCCACAGGGAAGGGAAAUGACCAGAUACGUUUUGAGCUGGCAUUCUAUGCGCUCUACCCUGAGAUUAAGAUUAUUGCACCCUGGAGGAUCCCGGAGUUCUACAAACGCUUCCGGGGGAGGACAGACCUGAUGGAAUACGCACAGAAACAUGGCAUCCCCGUGCCUGUCACUCCUCGGGCGCCCUGGAGCAUGGAUGCCAACCUUAUGCAUAUAAGUUAUGAAUCUGGCAUCCUGGAGAAUCCCAAAAACCACGCUCCAGCCGACAUCUAUCUCAUGACCAAAAACCCGGAAGAUUCUCCCUCCACCCCUGAUGUACUAGAACUGGAGUUUAAGAACGGACUCCCGGUGAAGGUGAACAGUGUGACGCAAGGAAUAUCCAAGGACAAUCCUUUGGAUAUAUUUUUGUUGCUAAAUGAGAUCGGAGGAAAGCACGGAGUGGGACGCAUCGACAUCGUUGAGAACCGUUUCAUCGGCAUGAAGUCCCGAGGGAUAUAUGAAACCCCGGGGGGCACAAUCCUAUUGAAGGCCCAUAUCGACAUGGAGACCUUUACAAUGGACAAAGAGGUGCGGAGAAUCAAGCAAGGGCUCGGCAUCAAGUUUUCCGAACUGGUCUACAAUGGUUUCUGGUACAGUCCAGAGUUUGGUUAUGUGCGACACUGCAUAGCCAAGUCCCAGGAGAACAUUGAGGGCAAAGUGCAGCUCUCUGUCUUCAAGGGUCAGGUCUACAUCCUGGGACGAGAGUCACCCAAGUCGCUGUAUAACGAGGAGCUGGUCAGCAUGGAUGUGCAAGGAGACUACGACCCGUGCGACGCCUCGGGAUUCAUCAGGAUUAACGCCGUCAGGCUACAGGAGCAUCAGCGUCUGCAGGGUCUCGGCGACAACAAGCAGUGAAGAGCUACAAGUCCACUGAACCACAAGACAACGCUGCAGUUCACAAUGCCCGCCUGACAAAGGACUUCUUCCAAUGGAGUAGCUUCACUCUUUUGGACCAUCCUAUGUUCUGAUCUAAAUCCAAUUGAGAACAUUAGGGGAUGGAUCACAAAGGAAGUUUACAAAACUGGACAAAGAUGGUGAAGCCAUUUUCACCACCUGGAGCAACAUUCUUACUAGACUCAUGGAAAAGAUGUGUGUUGGGCAAAAUUCCAAAAAUGGUUGUGUACAAUAAAUGGUUUACUCCCAUUUCUUCUUUUUGCAUUUUGAAGCUCUUUUAAGCUCCUUAAGAUCCAACAGUGCAAAAUGGAGAUUCUUGCAAUUUUUCAACUGGUCUUAAAAUGUUGAUCGGGAGUGUAUAUUGUACAUACGGUACUGUUUAUUAGAACCUGUAGAUGGUUACAUACUGUAGCCACUGGAGCAGAAGUGAUGAAAGCUAUUUGUGAGCUCGAAUGACACGGGUCCAAUCAGCCGAUAGGUCACACGAACGCUCAGCAUGAGGUCCCAGGGCUGUGGAGGAGAUUGAGCCACUUUAAAGACAAAAUGUUGUGCAACUGAUCGAUUUUGUUGCCAUUUUAGCUGUGGGUUUGAUUGAACUCAGACAUUUGUUAGUAUCUCACAAAAGUCAUUUCAACCCUCAUAUUUGAGCUGGUAUAUCUUUCUCUAAGGGACAAUACUUUAGAAAGUCAACUUGGAUAUACUGUACUUUAGAGUAGCCAGUGUACAGCUUGUAUAGCAGUAUAGAUUUACUAUUAAAGGGGAUCUAUUAUACUAAUUUUCGGGCCUUUGUAUUGAGUUCUGGACACCUAUAGAGCAGCUGCACACGAUAACCCGCACAGAAAGCUUUCUAGAUCUUCCAGACGCUGCACCCCUUCCUGCACUGUUUCCUUGGGUUUCCUGCCUCCCGCCCAAACAGUCUGUGUAAUUUCCUCCACACCCGGCCUUCCUCCAGGUACGCCCCCCCUCCCGCCGAGCCCACUCCGCUGUGAUUGGUCAAACUCCCUCCGCUCGCUGUAUGCACACUCUACAAUGCUACACAAACAACCUCUUUUGUCCGAUUACUUACACAAAAUAAACACAGUUAGGACGCUGAUAAAUUGUUACUUACAGCUUGCUCUUCUGACUCUUAAACACGACCAAGCAACGUUGGAAAGGCGUCGGACUUCAGCAACAGUUUGGCGGACAGUCCAGCUUCGUAUUGGUGCAUGUUCACAAAACAGACCCGUGUGAAGUGCCGUUCACAGAUGAGCAUAUUUUUCUCUUGCUGGCCGGGAAUCAGCAACUCCAGCCACUACUGCCUGAUGCUUGCCUCUUUAGGCACACCCGAACAAACAUUUCGUGGGAGCCAUACGUGCUAACACGGUGAACAGAGCAGAGCAAAGCAGAGCAGGGGGAGGGCAGGCCUACAGCUUUUGCCUGGGCAUACCCAUAUAAGGAAGUCUGGGUUGUGUUGAAAAAAACGCUGUAAAACACAGCGUGCAGAGCCAUCCAAAACUGCUUUCAGUCUCAUUAUCUCUGUCUCAUUAUCUGACCUGUUGGCAUCAUUUAACACAAAAUUUGAAUAUUGUAACAACAUUUUUAGGUCAGAAAAGACGAAAAGCAUAAUAGGUGCACUUUCAUGUAUAUCCAUUUUUGUCCAACAAGCUGGUAACAAGUGAGUAGCAAGAUAAUUGUCUCUAUCGUCCAGUCAAGCAUGGUGGUGGUUGCGUCAUGGUCUGGGGCUGCAUGAGUGCUGCCGGAAACUGUGGAGUUCCAUUCCCAGGAAGAUUGAUAGUGCUAAAUAUCAGCCACGAUUUGGGCACCUGUGUUGGCAGCUAUUUUACAACAAUGCCUAUGUGUUGACAGUAAAUCUAUACUGCUUUCCUAGCUGUAUACUGACUACUCUAAGUUCUAUGCAGGUUUCAUUUCUAUGGUACAGUGUUGUUCUUUGUGAAGAUAUAAUAUAAUGUUUGCUGACGUGUGACAGUUGCACUCUCGUGUGUGAGCUAUUGUAUGUCUUAUUUUGUCUUUUGCGCCGAUGCUAUCCUAUCCUAUGGGUCUCUCCCAGGUGGGACCGCAAAAAAAUUCCAUUAGCGCUAAUGUGAGUCAUUCCCGUCAUGAACAUUUCAGUCCACGAGGAUGAUAGGUGUCAGCGUUGCAUUCAAACGCUAGACGUAACGGUACAGGCCUCACGUAGGAGUCAGCGGGCAAAGGGCGACCCCCCGCUAGGUCUGGAGACCCCCCGUCAAGUCUAAUGGCCGAUCAAGACUCCUUGGACUCUUUGAGUGCCGCGAGAGCUCAGUCCCGCCCCUCGUCGCCACCCCCUACCUCCAGCUCCUGCUCAAUUACACGGCAGGCGUCUCAGUCUUUGCUUGGUCAAUUACCAAGCCAGCCCCUGCAUUUACUGUCAUGCACACACAGGUUGCAAGAUAAUCAGUGUCCAAAAUGGGACCGUAUUCAGAUUAGUCAGUCAUGCUGAAGGGAGGGGGGCCGGGUGAGGACAGCUAUCAAUCUCAAUCUUGAAGGAAUAGGGGGUGCUAGAAAUGUAUCAUACAGAAUUGACUGCUGCUGUCUUGUACUGUACAUGUUUCUUUCAUACUAAAUUCCCUCUUCGGGGCAGCAUGGCUUAGGUGGUACAGUGGUCGUCUCCCUACCUGGUUUUAUCCUCAGUCCCCCUUGCGAUCAUGUCGAAGUAGCGUAGAGCAAGAUACUAAGCUGCGUGGUCAGUACGUGAAUGAGGUAAGUGUGUCAAAGCGCUCUGAGAAGAUGGACGAUAGAAAAGCGCCAUACGAGUGAAAGCCCAUUUAUCAUUUCUGCGUCCAGAAUAAAACAUACUGGGCUCCUCACCCACACCAUCUCAUAUUCCAUCCUCCUUCCCCUCCCUCCUACCUGCACAGUCAAGCAGGUAGCAAAAAAGGCUGACACCUGACCAAGGGAAUUAAUCAUCCUUGACCCAGGACCAAUUACCCCUCAUUACCCACACGGCAGCACCUCUCAAGGGAACAGACGUGUAACAAUAGCGCAACAUGAAAAGUUGGCGGUGGCGUCACGGAUUCUUAAUGGAGAGCGGCGGCAUUCUCGACUCCACUCGUCCCUGUCACUCUCCCGAAAGCAAACUUACAAAGGGGAUCCAUUGUUCAGCAGCAGGGCUCUGUGACCUUUUGGAUGGAUGCCGCUGGCAAGUGGGGUGCACUCAGGUGUUUAGAGUAGUUGGGGGACACACCUGGAUUCAAGGUGCAACAUCUGGUCCUAUUUUCAUUUCUCCAAGUAUCAACCCAAAAUUACUAAGUGGGUUUCUGCCCAGGACCAAAACAUAUAAAAAUAUAUCAAGUUUAGGAAAAUUAAUGAUAAACAGGGCAUAAGCAGUGAUUUACUACCGCUAACAUGAAUUAUAAAGCUUUUUGCCAACGCAAACAAAGAUUUUUAAAAUAUGAGAUGGUGACAAUAGAAAGGGUCGUGUGUGUUGAGUGUGUUGGUGAUAAAUAUCAUUUUUUUAUUGUAUGGUGUAAUUCAACCUGCAAACUAAAUAGAACAUAUUUUUUAUGUUGCUGAUGGCCAAUAAAGGCAAUUUUCAAUACCAUGUGAUCGAUCAGCUUGACUAAUCGUCAAAUCCUUGCAGGAAAAUCAGAUUUAAUGAUGUUGUCCCUUAAAAAAACAGUGAGCUAAACCUAGCCCAUAAGAAUGCACUCCUGUCUUUUGCCGUCAUUCAAUCUGCACUCUUCAUCUACCUGUCUGUGUGUGGAGAAAGCCCUCAUGCUCGCUGACCUUUCCCUCUCAGACACAAUGAGGCCCCAACAAUGACCGCUGGCAGGGGGGUUAAUUACCACCAAUUAGAGGCUGACGUGGCUCAGCCCUCCUCCCCCCCUUGCCGUGCUUUUGGUGUAACCCAAGCCCAGAAUGUCUCAGGCCGUGCUGCCAUUGUAAAGUACGUCCAUGUCGUCUGUCGUCCUUGCCCAGGGACUCCACCUGCAAUAUGCAUCAGGCAAUGUCACUCUUCAUUCAACUGACACGUGUCCUAUUUUUCUUAAUUACUGUUAGUUAACCUAUCCAAAACAUUGCACAUUUUGUCCAAUGUGGUUGCUGGAUGAAUGGAGCGGUCCCUGGAGGUUUGUGGGGUGGGAAGCUAAUGGUCCUGGCUUAUAUGAUGAGGUCACUUCGAAAACAUAAGAAGGGAUUUAGAAGGGUGUAUAUACUAUUUAUAUAUAAUAGUUCUGCUAGAGCUAUACAAGAACUAUAUAAAAUAUUCUGCCUUAGCACAAAUAAUAUCGGAUAGGUGUAUUCAUUUAUUCAUGUUUACUUUUGUCUUUAUUGUUUGGACUCCACUGCAUCAUAUUGAGCUGUUUUAAUGUUUUGGUUUCCUUAUUUAGCUACAUGGCAUGGGCAAAAUAUUAGAAACAGCUCUCUUUAUAAAGCUUAGAGCCAUAUUUGGUCAUGUACCCUGAACGUCUCACCACAAGGAAGUAGAACCACAUUAAGAACACUUAAUUUGAUUUAAUAAUUGGAUAAUACACUCAACAAAAAUAGAAACCCUUUUGUUUUUGCUCCCAAAUGUGGCAUAGCAAGAUGCGGAUUAGACAUGUGUGCUUUAGGUUGGCCACAAUAAAAGGCCCACUCCAUAAUGUGCAGUUUAAUUGUAUCGGGGGAGUCCGAAAACCAGUCGGUAUCUGGGGUGACCACCAGGGGGCGGCAAGGCUCAGGUGGUGGAGUGGUCGUCUCCCAACCUGAAGGUCGCAGGUUCAAUCCUCCGUCCUCCUGUGAUUAUGUUGAAGUGUCCUUGGGCAAAAUACUGAUGCUAUGUCAUCAGUAGGUAAAUGUGCUAGAAGUGUCAAGGCGCGUUGAGUGCCUUGGUGGUGGAAUAGCGCUAUACGAGUGAAAGACCAUUUACCCAUUUAACCAUGUUCGGUGAGUAUGCUGGUCGUGCAUGUUUUCAGCUUCCAGGAAUUGUGUAGAGAUACUUGCAACAUGGGGCCGUGCAUUAAAAUGAUGCAACACGAGGUCAUGGUCAUGGAUGAAUCACAUUUUCAAUAUGUAAUGUAUCCACGUAGUAUAAUAUAUACAGUCAGACUUGUCUAUAGCGGCUACUAGAGGGAGACUGCAAAAGUGGCCGCUAUAGACAGGUUGGCGUCCAGCUUUUUUAUACGGCAGAGUGUCAUUACAGCUUUAGUUCAUCAGGAAGUGACGGGAAGUGACGAUGGGCAUCGCGAGCAGGAGAGCUAGGCUCAGUGCUAGCUGUGACUUUCGAGAGAGUUGGGAAGUGUGUUUAUGUUGGCGUGGAUGUAAAGUCCUGCAGUGUUCUCCGCUGUUAAUAAAGCCAUUAAAGUGCAUCGGCGACGUGAGUCUCUCCUUCCCCACAACAAGCGGCAUUACAGUAUUGACCAGUGCACACCAGGAAAUAAGCGGUGUCAUUUCCUACAGGCAUUGCCGGGACAGCUAUGUAGUGGGGCUUGUUUAACCUUUGCCUUGUGGGCAAGCAGGAAGGAGAGACGAUGCUGAGAGAUGUGUGUGUGUGGGUGGGUGUGUGUGUGUGUGUGUGUUCUGAGCUGCUCUCUGGUGGCCGCGUUCAAUAAAUAAAGUUGGCAGAAGCAACAGGAGAAGUUUCCUUCUUUGCUUCGGAGCUGAAUAACACUGACAAGUUAACAGACUAGUAGCGAACGGAAAAGAAGACGGCUUUUUUUUGUGUCGAAUACAGAAGAUGAGAACUUUGAUGGAUUUGUGGAUGAGGAUUGAUGAAAAAUAACGUGAGUACAUUCUAAAAUACUUCAAUUAAGUACAACCGAACUCAGUUUUGCUCCCACUGCCGCAUGCAUGCUAGCGUAUGUUUUUUUUUUAUUGUAGCGUCGCUGCGAGCACGUCCUGUUCCCAGCCUACUUUGCGGUAAUGUUUUGGUGCAAAUGCUCUUAAAGUUACAUGUUUGAUCAGGAAAUAGCAAGCUCAAAAGAAGACUGCUUUUUUAUGUGGAACAACUGACAGUUUGUGUGGAUCUUGUGAAUGAUUGUGACUGAGCGAGGACUCGGUAAUUAAAGUCUACACACGACGGCUUCAUUGAUUGAAAAACGAAACUUUUUUGUGCAUGAAGCUUCUACUUGAGUCGGUAAUUUGGCCGCUAUAUGCGGUCAGAUAUUGACCAAGGGAGACAAAAUGGGUGGCCGCUGGCCGUGUUGGACAGGUGACUGCUAUACACAGGGUCUAUAACAUGUAAAUUUGCUGCGGGGGGAUUUUUCAGUGGCCGCUAUAGGCAGGUGGCCCUUCUAUAAAGGUGGCAGCUAAGACAGGUUUGACUGUAUUUUAUCAUGUAUUUUCUCAAAAUUGUAAUAAUUGCACAAAAUAAUUUAUAACAUGAUCCAUUAUGACUUACUUACUGGAGUUACAUACAGUACCUUUCUGCUAGGCUCUAUCCAAAUUAAGCAUUUUUAUUUUGAUACAGCUCUUGUAUUAGAUCUAAUUAGAUUGUACGGGUUUCCAGUGAGACUAUACUAGACAUAGACUGGAGAGGUAUGAGAUAUAUAAUGAAUAAAACCGAUGGGCAGGAAACGUUUGCAGCCUCUUAUACAUAAUGUCAUAAUUUGUUCAUGGUGUGCGUCUCUGGCGGCUUACAAAUCCCACCAAUGUUGUUCUCUUAAGAGCAAGCAGACAAUGUUCCCGUCACUCUGGAAACUUGAUCUUCCUGCGAGAACAUCAAGAGACCAUCUGUGAGGAAACAUAGCAGGAUACACUUUGCCUUCCAGGCUCCCUAACAUCCACGGGUCCUCUGUGUGUCUGUAAUAGUGCGUGUGUGUGUGCGCGCGCGCGAGUGGUCUCCAUUGAUGUCGAAGCCUAUUUUCUGGUGUCAAAGGACAGCCAUUGCCAGCUCCUGUCCUUUAGAUCUAUAGACAGAUGGGGCCAUUACGGUCAGAAACCCCCUGGCUUUGUUUGGCCUAAGCCAGUGAUGAAAUAUUGAUGGAAAAAUAGAAAUAUUUUGCCUGCUGCACCGUGUUGCCCGUCUAAAAAGGUUAAUGAGUGUGAAGACUGUGCUGUCUCCUGUUACAACAAGAUGUAGCCAAAGCGCAGCGCCAUCAUUGACAAUAUAGGCUCGGAGGCGCUAACAAGAAUCAAUAAACUUUCAACACAAGAUCAGGUUACAUAGCUGUGAUUGCUCCUGGAACCUUGGUUAGCAUCAUUAAUUCUGUCCAGAACAUCCGAGUCUUACUGAAAUGGACGUUAACCGAGUCCAUUUUUCCCAUAAGAAAUAAUGUAAAUCCAAUUAAUCCAUUCCAGAAAGCCAAAAAUGUUAACACAAAACACAUUUUCAUAGUUUUACAAUUAUAGUUUGACAUGCAUAGAAAUACAUAUAAAUGAUGACGGGGAUGCUCCGAUCAGGGUUUUAUGCUGCCGAUUCCAAUAGGGAUCAUCCAGCACUGAAAUCAGCCGAUACCAAUCACAUGGAUUAAUUAUACAUUUUUCUAUUUAUUCAUGAUGAGUUCCGUAUAAAGGGGAAAAGUCAGGACAAUUGCAAGAUCCCUUGACUGCAAGGGGGCCCACAAAAUAGGUAAUUAUACUAAUAAAAUUUGUAAUUAAUUGAUAAUGCUAAGAAGCACUAUUGUGCACUUUACAUAUACAAUGUAACUCUGCACUUAUCUAACAUAAGAAUGCCACAUAUUACACACAACAACGUAACAUUAAGGAGUAGGCGCACACAAACAUUAGCAUUGCAAGCAUAGCUAUUUGAGCUAAAGUGAUAACAUUACUCUCACAUUUUAACUGCAGUGUCAUGCUAUGUUAGCCUAUUAACUGAAGGAAAACCAAAAUGAUCAAAUGCACUGCUAUCAUCUCUGUAGCUGACUGACAAAUAGUUGGCAGAGCUUUAUUUUAAGAUUUGCAAAGCUGCUCUCUGUAAACGGUCUCUAAGGACACAUACUAUUGUUGGUACAUCAUGAAAAAGUCACUUUUGCAUAAUAGGGGAGCUUUUAAGAUAUGUUUAAAUGACCAAACAACAGGAAAGUUUCCUUUGUGUUGUUCAAAAUUGGCGCCGUAAUAUGAAUGCCAGGUCACUAGUUGGUGAUGUCACUAAUGCGUCAUUUCAAAAGACAAAAAUUACAUAGCGGCAUUGCAGCACGACGGAGUCAGGGUGUUUUUGCUUGAUGGCUGUCUGGCUUCUUCCCUUCUCCUGUUUUUACUUUGGCAUUUGCCAAACGCAAAGUUAAAGUACAAAAAGGGGUUAAAGGCUUAAAGAAAUUCACCACACCAUUAAAUUAUGAUGCAGAAUGGUGUUUGUUAUUUGCUAAUUUUGCUCAGUAAAUAAUAUUAGACUAUAUUACUAUAUUUUUUUUGUGUCAGGACUAACCAGGGAGUGUGUAUGUGUGACGCUGCUUCAGCAGGUGUUUAAACCAGUUGAGCUUGCCUUUCAACUAACCUGUUUGUCUUUUUCGCUGACUUCAACCACACCUGAAAGCAAAGCCAGAUAUAAACUCUUUAAAAAGCAUCUUUAAAGCUAAACAGAAGAAGUCAAUCUCGGAAUCAAAGCCUCACCCUAUACAUCUUCCCCAUUACAAGCCCCCGAGACACCCCCGGGGGCAGCAUCUAGUAAUGCAGCAUGUUGAUCUCCAAUCAAUAGAUUUAUCUCCUUCAUUUGCCCCUGCCUCUUCCCCUUGUAUUUCCCUCUCGGGGGGUUAGUGGGGUCCACUGUUGGGGUUUGUCUGUUAGCCUUUAUGCUCUUCGAUCCACUGCAGAAUGGAGGAGGGCGUCUCUGAUGAUGAUGUAAAUGUUUAAUGGCGCUGGUUAUUUGCUUGUUUUGCUGCAUGUUAUGAUGGAUGGUAGUGGUGGUUGUUCCAUGACACUGCUGAGCAUUGACAAGCUGUUAGUCCACAGUGUUUAACUGCUGGACCUGUGCCAUUGCACCAUUCAAGGCUAACCACUCCUCUAUGAUGCCACUGAAGUUUACUGGGUCAGAACUUAUGCAGUUUGUCCAGCCAUCUAUCUGUCCACCUAUCCGUUGUUCUGUUCAUCCGUUCUUCCAUUCAUUCAUCCAUCCAUCUUCCUGUAUGUCUCCCAAUUUGUCUAUCUGUUCAUUAGGCUUUAGUCUGUCUUUCCGUCCUUUCUUUCUUAAAUGUGCCCAUUCGCCCUGCUGUCGGUCUGUCUGUCCAUCCAUCAAUGUGUCAGUCUACAGUCAUGGAAAAAAGAUUUAGACCACCCUUGUUUCUUCAGUUUAUUGAUCCAUUUUAAUGCCUGGCACAACACAAGGUACAUUUGUUUGGACAAAUAUAAUGAAGAUAACAAAUAUAGCUCAUAAGAGUUGAAUUUAAGAGCUGAUGUCUAGCAACUUCCAUGGUUUUCUUGAUAAUAACCAAAAUCACUUAAGUUCUUACAUGAAUAGCUACAGUAUAGCAUUGUACUGCCAAAAAAUGUAACUCUUACGAGCUGUUUUUGUUGUCGUUAUAUCUGUCCAAGCAAAGUACUUUAGUUGUAUCAGGCAUUAAAAUGAACAAGAAUCUGAAGAAACAACAGUGGUCUAAUAAUUUUUUCCAUGACUGUGUUCAUCUGUCUGCUGUUUGUCCAUCUUUCUGUCCGUCCGACUUUCAGUUGGUCCAUUCGCCCAUUUAACUGUGUCCCUUUCUAGCUAGCCGUACAUUACUCCGUCUUUCUCUUCAUCUUGUCUCCCAUUUUGUCAGUUCAUCCAUCUGACUGUCUGUCCAUCCAUUUGUUUGCUAGUCUAUCCAUUUGUUUAUCUAUCUGUCUGCCAAUUGUUUAUGUCUUUGUCUGUCCGUUCUUCCAUUGGCCCAUCUAGCUUUUUCCCUGUCUGUCCCUUCAUGUGUCGAUCUAUCCAUCCAAAUAUCCGUCUGCCCGUCCGUCACUCAUCUCUCCGUUUGUCCAUCCAUUUGACCAUUUAUCUGUCUGUUUGUUUGUUGUCCAUUUGCCUGUCCAUCCGUUCACCCAACUAUUUCUGUCCCUAUCUGUCCAUCCAUUUGUCUGUUUGCCUGUCUUUUCAUCCAUUCAGCCAUUGCUUAUGUCUGUCUGUCUGUUUUUGUCCAUUAGUCUGUUUGUCUCUCCAACCGCUUGUCCAUCUGUUUAUCUCACUGUAUAGUUGUCUGUCUAUCAUAAAUGUUGACCUGCUGACACUUAGCUAGGAUAAGAACUAGACGUGUCCGUCUUUUGGGACUGCUGCUUUAGUGUUUUGAUUGUCCACAUAUCAAAGCUGUGAGGUAACACCUCACAAUAAGUCACUGCAGCUCUUUCUGCUGAUGUGCUUUUUUAUAUUUUGUUUGGAUGGACACAGUGUCUCAUCUGCGUCUCCUAAUCUUGUUUUUGGUAGCCUGUUGCGCGGUGACAAAAAACAUCUUUGUCAGCCUGCCGUGCAAAGAGCUCACAAACACAACCAUUAUAGCUAUUAUUUCCUCCCAGUUGCAAGGGAUGAAAUGGGCGAUGUUGCGAGGACGAGGCAAACAGGACAGGUGGAGGC